GAAGAAAGUGAGAGAGGCACAAGGAGGAGGAGGGGCAGAGAGAAAGAGAGUGCAGGAACAGGACAAGUUAGAGUGGUCUGAGGAGAGAGAGAAAGGAAGGACAAGCAGAGAAUGCAGAGGCCAUGUUCUCUGCCAGAACACGAGGUGCUUCUAGGUGAGGCCCAGAGCAGCAAGUCAGUUACAGAGAAGCGUGAGGAGCAGUGGAGGAAUGGAGAGCUCAGAGAGCAAGACGCCGGUGGCCAGCUGGAAGCCAGCUUUGUGGGAGGCCACACCACAGUACAACUAUGUCUGCUUUGAGAAAUGCACCCAUUACGGGAUACCCGUGGAGGCCGGACACCAGGCCAGGUCCACAGGGGACAACCUGCACUCCCCAGAGAACUCGCUCAGCUACCCACAGCUUUAUGGCCGAUACACAGACCGCAUAACAGAUAACAUUUCAGACAAGGAAGCAGCAAAACUGCUGAAGAAACAGGCCCAAAGGAACAAUGGAAGACCCCUGAAACGUGACAGUCAAGUACAGAUCAAAGAAGAGCACUAUUCCAAAUGUCAAGACUGUGCUAAACGCAUCCAGAAUUAUGUUACCAAGAAGCUUGGAGAGGACUGGAUUUUUUUGGUUCUGUUGGGUCUGGUCAUGGCGUUGGUGAGCUGGGGAGUGGAUUAUGCCAGUGCAAAGACCGUACAGGCCUACAAGUGGAUAUAUGGAGCGCUGCACCCCAAUGUCCCUCUGCAGUACGCCGUGUGGGUGGCAGUCCCACUCGGCCUCAUCCUCUUUGCGGCCAGUUUCUGCCACUUCGUGUCUCCACAGGCUGUUGGGUCUGGGAUCCCAGAGCUCAAGACCAUUAUGAGGGGAGUGGUCCUCAAGGAGUAUCUCACUCUCAAAGCUUUUGUGGCCAAAGUUGUGGCCCUCACAGCUGGGCUUGGAAGUGGCAUGCCUGUGGGGAAAGAGGGUCCUUUUGUGCAUAUUGCCAGUAUCUGUGCUGUGGUACUCAGCAAGUUCAUGUCGAUCUUCUGUGGGGUGUAUGAGCAGCCCUAUUAUUACACGGAUGUCCUGACUGUGGGGUGUGCUGUGGGUGUUGGCUGCUGCUUUGGGACACCGCUUGGAGGAGUUCUUUUCAGCAUCGAGGUCACCUCCACUUACUUUGCUGUGCGCAAUUACUGGAGAGGCUUCUUUGCAGCCACCUUUAGUGCCUUUGUGUUCCGAGUCCUGGCUGUCUGGAACAAGGAUGCAGUUACCAUCACAGCCCUGUUCAGAACAAACUUCCGCAUGGACUUCCCCUUUGAUCUGCAAGAGCUGCCAGCAUUUGCUAUAAUAGGCAUAUGUUCUGGAUUCCUUGGAGCCUUUUUUGUUUAUCUCAAUCGCCAAGUUGUCCUGGGCAUCCGACGUCAUAAAGCCCUGAGCCAGUUUCUCACCAAAUACCGACUGAUAUACCCUGCAGUUAUAACCUUCUGUAUAGCGUCUGUGACGUUUCCUCAUGGAUUUGGGCAGUUCAUGGCAGGAGAGCUGAUGCCACGGGAAGCCAUCAGCACUCUCUUUGAUAACUAUACCUGGAUCAAACACUCUGGGGACACCCAGAUCCUAGGGAAAUCUGCUGCCUGGAUCCAUCCUAAAGUCAGCGUCUUUGUCACCAUCCUGCUCUUCUUCCUUGUGAAGUUCUGCAUGGCUGUUAUUGCCACCACGAUGCCAAUCCCCUGUGGAGGCUUCAUGCCUGUUUUCGUACUAGGUGCUGCAUUUGGACGUCUCAUUGGGGAAAUCAUGGCAUCGCUUUUUCCCAACGGGAUCCUCUUUGAUGACAUUCUCUACCAAAUCUUACCUGGAGGGUAUGCUGUCAUUGGUGCAGCAGCUUUGACAGGAGCGGUGAGCCACACUGUCUCCACCGCUGUCAUCUGCUUCGAGCUGACGGGUCAGAUCUCUCACAUCCUGCCCAUGAUGGUGGCUGUCAUUCUUGCCAACAUGGUGGCCCAGAGUUUGCAGCCCAGCCUCUAUGACAGCAUCAUCCAGGUGAAGAAGUUGCCCUACCUGCCAGACCUGGGCUGGAAUCACAUAAGCAAAUACAAUAUCUUUGUUGAGGACAUUAUGGUCCAAGAUGUGAAAUUUGUUUCCUCUAACUGUAAAUACCGAGACUUGCAAGAGGUACUCCAAAGCACCACAGUGAAAUCUUUGCCUUUGGUGGACUCGCCAGAGUCCAUGAUCCUCCUGGGGUCCGUGGAGCGGUCGGAACUGCAGGCUCUCCUCCAGACACACAUCAGCCCAGAGCGGCGACGGCUCCUCAACAGAGAAAUGCAGCAGAAGCUGAAUGAGGCACCCUAUGAUGGACCCUGGGCAAACCUGCCCAAGCUGAAGCAUGAAUCUUUUGCUUAUGUCGAUGAGGAUGAGGAUACAGAGGAGAAGGGAGAGCUGCCUCGGCCUCCAAGUCCCACUCCCAGUUACCCAGAGGAGCCAAAUGGCCCAACAAGUCCUCUUAAACAAAUGCCCGAAACCUUGGAGCCCCAGCAACAUUCAGGCAGUUUCAGGAGUCUGAGGAAACUGAUCCAGCAGCUCUUGUGCCAUUGCAGCCGUCCACAUGAAACAGAGAGCACCAUCCAGGAGCCAGUGGAAGUCAUUGAGACAAUGACACUAGAAGAGAUAGAUGCUUGGGAACAGGAGGAACUGAACAAGAGCGUGUGCUUUGAUAGCUGCCGCGUAGAUCCCUCCCCUUUCCAACUGGUGGAGAGAACUUCCCUGCACAAGACACACACAUUGUUCUCACUGCUGGGCCUCAGCCAUGCCUACGUAACCAGCAUGGGGAAGCUGAGGGGAGUGCUGGCUUUGGAAGAGCUCCAGAAGGCAAUAGAGGGUUCCACCCGCUCUGGGGUUCGUCUCCGACCACCCCUUGCCAGCUUCCGUGACAUCAACCGGACUUCCACCAGCACCAAGGCAGGGCAGGGCGCUCAGGCAUGGAGCCGGGAAGACAAUGGCACGGUGGCAGCAGAGCAAGCAGCAAACCUGGGCACUGAGAGCCCUCUGCCCCCCUGCUCACACUCCCCCCAGCCCUCACACUCACAGGAAGAGGGGGAAGUCCCCAGCUCCACUUAUGCCACGGAUACUGAGCUGGAAGAGAUGGAGCUGACAGGGCGAGUUGCUGAAAACAUCUCAGACAUCCUCAAGGACAUAAACCUACGUACCACUGACCUGGAUGAAGAGGAAGAUGAGGAUGAGGAUGUUCCUUUAUAGCUGGUGUGAGGGUAGCAGUCCAUCACACUCUUCAGUGAGCCAGUCUUCUUGUGUUUGCUCCUCCAAGAGAAGCUUUUGGAUGCUCUUUGCAAUCCCCACAGAGGAAUGAUUCAGCUGGCAAGAGGGACAUCAGACUGAUCCUUUCUUCUGAUGCUUUCCCUCUGUGCAAACUGUUGGGCUGCUGGACUAUUAGGGCAUGUGCAGGUGUCAGAUGUGAACUGCAAGGAGCCUGAGUGCAAGCAGAGCACACUGUAACAGGACAUGGAUACUGCUGACACAGUCAGGACGCCCUGGCUCAAUCUGCCAUGUGGAAAGUGGAGGAGGAUCAGCUCUCACUCGCCACUGAUGCCAUCCUUCCAGCCACACCAGGCCUGCAGGCAGCAGUGUACCACAGCCAGACCUCCAACCUAGAAGCAUACUGCUGCUUCUGACUGCCACCCUGUCCAUGUCGCUGCAGCUCCUUUUCACUGGCUCUUACCUUGCACCCCCCCAAACAUUCCCAUGUAGAACAUUUUUAUUCUUUCUCAAUUUUUACUCUGGGAUUUUCCUGGAUGGGGAUGCAGUUAGGAGCUUCUCCUCUGUCCCAUAGCUGAGCCAUGCCCUAAGAACAGAUAGGAGGAAAGUAUUUGGUGUCUCAUGUCUUGAAUUCAGCCAAGGCUUUAGAAAACACUGGAAGGGAAAAAAGCUUCUUUGUUUUCCCAUCAUCUCUGAAAUUUUAAAACAGAAUGGGAAAAUCUUAAGUGAGGGCAGCCUCAGUGCUGGGGGAAGAGGAGUAAAACAGCAUCUAUGUACCUAUAUUUCAAAUAACUUUUUGUCUCUCUGAAUCACUGUUCACAAUUUUCCACAGUUAUAGUCUUAAAAUAUAAGAACUCCAGAAAAAAAAUAAUUAUGGAGUAUUAGCAGGCUGCCAAGAAAUACAGCAGAGGGAAGACACAUUUUCUACACUUUGAAAACACAGUUUCUUUCUGAAAACUCCUGCUCUCUUUUCCUGGUAAUUCUACCCUGCCUCUUUUCCACAUUCUUCUGCAUACCUCAGAUCUGAGAAUUCCAGCUCUCACUUUUGCCAGCUUGUCUCUGUUGUGACUAACACAGAGACCUCAACCCUUGUCUGCAGCAUCCCUCUCUAUUCCAGUUCUGAAUCUGGAGCAGAUCUGCAUCUUGCAAAAAGAUGUCUUGUCAGUUUGUGUCAUGCAUGCAAAACCUUGACAUCCAAAGGUAAGAUGCUGCUUUGUUUAAUUCACUGCUCUUGUGAGGUUUUCUCAGUAAACAGGCAAAACCAAAUUCUGUGUAUUCUGCAGCUUCUUCUAACAGUCUACAUCUUUUUCUACCAUAUUUUUGGUGUCUCAUACCAUUUAGAUGCAGUCCCAAGCAGCCUAUUAGAUGUGUUUCGACUUAUCAACAACAGAGAAGAAAUCCAGGCUCAGAAAAUACGUUCUUGGGGGUUAUCUCAUUCCCCUUCCUGAUAUUAGUAAACCAUUAUCUAUCUUAGAGUGAUCAGUUCUACUUUAACAUGUGAUUUUCCAUAAGCUGUCUCAGAAGCAAGUCAAAAAUAUCAUUACUUCUAACCCAGUCUCCAAAGGAAAAUUCCCUCCUGGCUUUAAUUCCAAGGAUUGACCUUGCACCAAUUGCUCUCUGAUGAUGCUUAUGGGUGGGAGAGUCUGUGACGAACUUACAGUAGAAGGAAAUCUUCCCCGCGAGUCUCUUGCAGAGAGACAAAUUUAUUCCUGCUGUCUGGAAUUCAGAGCCCCUCAGGUCUGUUGUGUUUCAGGCACAAGAUCACCCUUGAUAAGCUAACUGGGGACAGCCUUCCCUGCCUUAAUGGUGGUCUGUCCUCUGGGAGCCACCCUGUCCUUGUGAGGAGACUGGUGAUCUGAGGGCAAGUCCCUUGCACACAGCAGCUGCUUGGCUCCACCAGAGGGGCAUGUUUGUGUCUGCCAGGCAUCAGCAUGGCCUCCCCUCUACCUUUGAGUCACCUUCCGCUGCCUGCAGGGAAGAGGCAAAACAACUGCCUUUUUUUUUUUUUUUCCUUUUUUUUUUCCUCAGGGAAUUGUGAAGUCCCUUAUAUAAGCAGAGGAGAAAGAACAUUCCUUUUACAAAAGUAAAAAUAUUCAGUGAGUGACAACACUGAGACCAAAUCUGGUCUGAGGGUCCAAGCACACCCAAGAAGGAUGAGUUUCUCCAAGUCAUCCCCAAUCUUAUGGUGCAGACUUAUAUUUUACAGCUUAACCACAGGCUUCCACAGAUGAGGCAAGGAGAAACUUUGAGGCUGGAGCCAGCACACCUCCCCCUCCUCUCCCCUGAACACAGAUAUAUGCUCUGCUUCAGUCCCACACUUCUUCUACACUGUGCUACAGAAGAACUGGUAUGUGACUGGCUGAGAAAGCAGAUGGGAGUCUAAAUCAAAGCCAGCGAGUGUGUGAGUCACGACAGACAGAUUGUGAGCUGGGGGAGAUGAAGCUGGAACAAAAAAUGAUGCACAUGGAGAAAGGCUUGGGGAGUGAAACACUGGCUAACCUGGGAAGCUUCUUGAGGUUCAUCACUUGAGAUUGCAAGAGAACACACAUGUGCCCACACAUGCACACACAGGUACUCUCCAUUCCUAUUGCCUUUAGCAAUCCCUGGGUUACUGUGAGGAGCAGGAUUGUUCUCUGGGGGGGGAGCUGAAAGGUGACUGUAACUGCUGCUCUUUGCAGACACUACUCAAGACCCAUUCCAGGUAUUGCCUCCACCUAUGGAACAGCAGCAUCUAUCUGCACCAUUUGCUCACCUUUAUUCAUACAUGAAAAUGUGUAAAGAGCCAGGAUGGGGGAAAAAACACUCUGCAAAAAGAUGGUUUGCAAAGGCUGAAGUUGUUUCCAUUUCCAUCUUAUCAAUAAAAUCUUCACUGAGUUGAUGCCAAGUACAUUAAUAGGAGCAAAAUGUGCAGUAAAAUAAUACUAAGCCUACCUUUGUCAAGGGAACUUUAAGUUUGUACCUUCUCAGGCUAUCCCACUACACCCCCUCAAAGUUUAAACUUGAAACCUUUGUCCAACAAACAAAGUCACACUGAUCUGUCACUCUAAAACCUGCAUCUCCCAUCCUAUCCAAAUAGCACAGAUUUUAUUCGCUACAGUGAAUUUUAUUUUUUUUUUCUCAACCCAAAAUACCCCCAGAAUCUGUACCAGAUGUGAGGGCUUCCCAUCCAGAUAGAAAUUCACAUCUAUCAAAAAACUGAACUCUUCCUUUCACAUGGCACUUAAGGGUGAAAGCAGACUCUUGUUUUUAAAUGCAUCAAUAUAAAGAAUUAAAAAAACAGGGAAGACUUACGGUUAGUAAGACGACAUGUGGAACUUUAGGUAGGUAUGACAUGGCUAAGAGACUUGGCCAUGAGCUGAAUGAAGGAGCAAACACAUGGGGAUGAACUACUGAAUAACAAGAAAUAUUUGCCUCAACAAAGUAACAAUUUUGGUUGCCAUUUGAGACUGAAGAAAUUCUAGUUUUCUAAGCCUAUGGACAAAAACAAUUAGUACAGGCAGAAACAGAGAGACAGAACGAGUCCAUAAAAACAUCCCCCUUCUGCUCAGUUAUGCAGAUACUGUACAGAAGUGUGUAUUUUUUGGCUAAAGAGUACAAGACAAGCAAUAACCAGCUGAGCAAGAGAAGAUCCCUCUUUGCCAAAUUAGUUCAAACCCAGGAAGGGUACAAUUAAAAACACACUACUAAAAAUACAGUCACAGCAAGCACUAAGUUGCUCAUGGCCACAUAAACAGGUAUCUGGACACAGCUCUCAUAAAAAUACAAUCAACAAUAGAGACCAAUAAUUAAAAUUUACACAUACAAUAUGUGCCUGAGCAUUAGGGUUAGGGUCUUAAGAUGUGAUGCAAAACUGUUUAAUGCUGUGUUUGUGGGAGACAAGCUUAAACUAGUCCUGACUGUGAGCCACAGGCUGUUCUUGUGUGUCCUCACAGCCACUGGAGAGACAACCCUGUGCAUGUGUGUUCAGCCACACACACAAACAUCACCUCUGUCAAAUCACGGUUGUGCAGCAGCAGAAAACUCUUCAACUCAGUUUCCUGUGCCUUGAGCUACAUCCCUCUUCCCUCAGCUUGCUGGAUGUCACCAAGUCCCAGUGCAGCUUCAUUGUAAGACCAACAAGACUGCUGUGGACACUGCUGAUGGCUAAGUGAGGUAGAGCCUCAGUCAAACCUAUUACUAGUUCAAGCAUUGGACUUUCAAAUCCCAGCCUUUUUAGUGUGCUGCUAGUGCAAACAUCUAAUGUGUAGUAAAACCAGCUACAGAAACAUAUCUAGCCGACCUGAAGAAUUGCACCUGAUAUGGAAGACAACAUCCAGCUGAGGAAAAGUCCAGUAGCAAAUUCAUAAAUGAAACAGAAUGCAGAGAAAUGAAAAUGUGAAUUGCCUACUUUAGAGGAACAACAACCUAAGUACUGCUAGUGUCUGACCCUUUAAUGAAUGGCUACUCAGUUUGAAGAACAGAAGGGAAAGCUACAAGGUAUACUGAGAUAUAUUCAGAAUUAAAGCCACAUAAACUCAAGGCAGAAGCUUUUCAGUUUUUUUUUCCACAGAGAAACAAAGGCAAAAGACAGUAAUGGAAGAUUAAUGAGAAAUACAUUUGAAAUGUAAAAAAAUCUACUUUUUCUUCCCCCUCAAAGUUCCAUAGUGCACUUAAGCAAACAGGCUGUGAAAAGAAAUGGGAGCUGAAAUGGCUGGAUUGUGACCAAACAUGUAACGGAAUCCUAUGCUUAACUCAAACUGGCAAUUUCUCUGGCACAGAAGACAAGAUCUGUCUGAGGAACCAUGCAGAAAGUACCCUUGCAGCUGGCAAAGUGCAGAUCCAGCGAGGUGUACAGCAAGAACGCUCUUAUGCCCUUUUUAGUUACCCUUCUCAUUAAUCACUUAGAAGUAACAUAUGAGGUAUUGUAAACCAGCAACAUGAGAGAAACAUAUGGCAGGUUUGCCAUCUAGUCUAAACAAAGAAAUAAGCAGAAAGUGGAGAUGAGAACCUCAGGCAGAUAGCAUAGAAUAAGGUUCAUGCUGGGGCUAAGCAGCUAAAUCCAGAGAAGAGGAACUGAACUGAGGGGUAAAUCUAAUCUAGUAUGAUGACAAAAAAGUUCUUUUAGGUGAAACACUCAGCAGCUGGAUAGCAUCUUUGCAGAAUAAUGUGAAAUUAAAAAAAAAUAAAAUUUUCCUAUGCAGAGGUAUAACUUCCAGGGCCAGAGACAUUUUGUUUUCCCAGAGACUCAAGUCUUAAACAUAUGUGGAAUAAAUUAUUUCAUUUGACACACUACAUUUCAAAAAGAAAGUAGUUUAGAAGCCAUUUGGGGGGAAAAAAAACAACAAAAACCACAACAUCAACAAUAAAAAACCAAAACAAACAAAAAUCACACACAAAACCAGGAGAGAGUACAGGGGAAACUUACAAGAAUUGACAAAAAUAAAAUUUACAACAAUAAAAUUAAAAAAAAACCCUCAAAAAACUACAAACAAAAACCUAAAGCAGUUAACUAAGUGUGUCUUAUGCAAGUCACAAUUAAUUCUAUGAACAUAGUUAUGCAGACAUACAUACCAAGUGGUGGGUGACACUCUAUUUGGUAGCAAAAGCAAGUAAACUGGAAAGAAGCAAAUUAAAUUCAAAUAGAACACAGAAAGCAAAAGUCAGUGCAAUAGCCCUGGUUGUAAAAUAUGUUAUGCCUUGAGCAGGGCAACAGACACUGCUUAGUUCCUGGAAGAAACAGAGUCUGAAAAGGACAAGUAUCUUGACAAGGAAAUAAUACCUUUUAUGGCUAGAAUUUAAAAGUCUCAUAUGGCAAACAAACUAUGGCAAAGCUACUGGAUCUGCCUAAUGUCCUGCAUCAGAAGCAGAUGACAAAACAAUGUUGGAAGUGCAGAGAUGUUUCCUUCCCUCUGGGUCAACCAAUUCCCCAAUUUACUAUGAGGACAGCGGGCGAAGAAGCAUUUAAAACUGAAAUGUGAACCCAGAGUCGUGCUACACAGUUUCAGUGCCUUUUAUAACCUAAGCAUCAGACACCUUUCUGUGUCCUAAUGGGCAGUUGUGAAAUUUCUGUCUAAUUCUUGAGUCAGAUGUGUCUGCAUCUCACCAGUAUUGGGACAAAACUUGUAUGUAUCACCUGGAAAAUGUUUAUUCAGUAGAACAGGAAAACUCACUCUGUGCUAAAUUAGAGGAUCGUGUUGAUGUGAUGCUUUCUAUCCUCAAAUCUGGCCUAGGAUUCAUGUCCUGGUAGUCACAGACACACAUCAGAUUUUAGCCCUGUAUAGUCAAACAUGUGAUGUUCUUUCUUAAUGAGAAAUCAGAUACUUCCUACUCUGGGGUGCUUCUCCAAGCCACCAUGGAUCCUUUUCAAUGUGCUCCAUCAGGCUAUGUCCUUGAAAACACUCCCUCUUCCUAGAAUCCUCCUUCCUGAGAUGCAAGUCCCCUGGAACCAGUCCCACAGAAAUAAAACACUUCCACCAGCCAGGAGGGCAAGACCACAUUCUGUUUAAUAACAACUCCAUAAAGGACUGUACAUGCUAUUUUGAGCUACCUCCCCUCCUUUACUGUGGUUGCUGCCACGUACAGGCAUGGAGGUGUUUAGUGCCAUAUAGUUCUCUAAGUCUAUGUCAUGUGUGCACACUUAUGCAGGUGGUUGCACAUGGAUCUAUUUAUAUAUAGCUUUGUAGAAGUGUUCAUCUCAUAAGUCACAUUAUCAAAACAUGCGAAGUAUAUCCAACAAAAAUUUUCAAGCAAACAUGUUUUGGAGCUGGAAGACCAAAGGCAAAUCAGACUCAUUUUAGUUAUUAAGGACUAGUGUGGGACAAUGCAAGGAUGAAGGCUUUCAGUAGUGGGUCCCUUUCCCUUUUUGUUUUACUUCCAUUCAGCACCUUCUCCCCAAACAUCAAUGCACCCCUGUAAACACUAACUGAAAAGGAUACAGACAAUCACAAUGCAGCCUCCCCGCUACAGAAAACACAGACAGGCUUGGGGGAAGCCCUUGAAAACUGCUUUGCAGCCACCUCUGCUGUAACAUACACUUAUGCUAAAGUAGUUUCAGAUACUGAGAAUACAAUAUUUGAAGACCCAAGCCUUUAGUUAUUUUUACACGUUUCAGGAAUCCAUUCCGCGUGUCACCCCUGAGGUUCCCAUCCACCACCCUCAUACCUCCCAAAUCCUCUGCCUGUACCCACCCACGUCUGAAAAGAGCUGAAACAAGAGGAAUCUUGUUCCCUGUAAAAUUACUAUUUGAGUUCCAGUUUUAUAGUGUAGGGAUUCCCAGAGACCUCCAGUCAUGCACAACAUCUACAAAUCAGAGAAGACAAAUUAAAGCCAAACAAGAAUAUGUACCUGCAAAAGAGCUUUUGGCUUGCUACGUUGCUCAAGCAUGCAGUAUCUGAAAAGAAAGGAAGUCCACCUACACUUGCCUCAUGGGAACAUGGCAGAGCUCUGAAAGAGGGCUCUUAACCUUGUGGCCUCCAAUCCAAUCAUGACUGGAUUUCCAUGCCCAAUGAAAUGAAUCCAGAAGGCCAAUGAAUCUGGACUACAUGCCUUUAUCUUAUUAGAAGCAAAUCUCGAUGCACAAUAUUGUUUCCAUAAUGGAGAAAAGCCUUUUUAGAUGCUUUUGUCUUGCAAGCAUGGACAUUUGAUCCCUUAUGGGAAAGCAAAAACAAGACUAGGUUUCAGAGGGCAUUUAAAAUGUCCCCACCUGAAGGAGAUAAGGAAGAUCCUAGCAGGAGCAUUCUUUCCACAGAACACUGCAACCCCUCUCUUCCCAGAAGACAGCAGCUACUACCCAUCAGUAGGUAGGUCCUGCCCAUGGCAGAGGGGUUGGUCUUGAUGAUCUUUAAGGUCCCUUCCAACCAUUCUGUGAUUCUGUGGUAUCUGCACUGAAAACAUUCUUGAACAAGUCUUUACAGUUUCAUGCUUUCUCAGAAUCACAGCCUAACUAAAUUUUUCUUCUUCCAACAAUAUGUAUCUGCACUGGAAAAAUACAGCACAUAUUUCUUUUCUUUUGUGCAGACCAACACUGACAAUCAUAGAGCUUCUCUUCAUUUCCAAGGAAAAAAUAACACUUCUGUCUGCCUAUGCUGGAGAAAAAUGUCAGUGCAAGGAUGUAAAUAGACCCUGAUGUUGCAAGCGCAGAUCUUCCAUGUCCAUUUGUUAACACCAUAACCCUCACGCCUUACCACAAUCAAUCCAUGGAGCUGGUUGUGCUGCUGAGGGAGCACAAUGCCCCCAGGCUCCAUGACAUAUUCUGAGACAGAGAGAGACUCUGAUCUGGCAUAGAAGUGCAACUCUUCUGCUUCUGCACAGGUUCACUAUUACUUAGCCUGGGAAAAGCCUAUGGUACAAAAGAGGCACCUGACAUUGACUUUACAGCUUGCAAUCAUAUUCGAGACUGUGCUUUAAUGACUGUAGGCUGUCCUACACAUACAUUUAGUUCUAAUAGGCACCAUUUUACUAACAUUUUCCCUGUUUAUUUUUCCUUUCCCUGAGCCAUGGCAUAGAAAUCUUUCCCUGUCAGAUUGCUACAGGGGAAGAAAAUCAAUGAUGCAAGUAUUACUUAUUUACAUUUUUCUAGCUGUAAGCUGCUGAUUAUCUCUGUAUUGGAAUUAAUUUUUUUCUUAACUUUAUUUUCUUCUUUUCUUUUAGAAAAAGUCAAACAGUUAGUUUAAAAGAUAUGUCAGAGUUGUCUGAACAAGGAAUACUGGAAAAUCCACCUGGGAGAAAUCAGAAGGAAGAGCUUAGACUUUGCCAACGUUGCUCUGCUUUUUAUAGCAUUUAGAGGCAGGUUAUCUGAGUUUGCUUCUCCUUCUAGGCAAUUAUCAAUACAACAGUUAAGGCAAACUAAGCUGAAUUUAGGUAUUUUGGCUUUCCAGUGAGAUCAGAACUCACACUAACUUCAUUUGGGCAAGGAGUAAGUUCUUAUUUUGUGUAUUUCUCAUAUGAUUUCCCUGAAGAACAAAGCACACUGUGAACUGUUUUUUGAAGACAAUGAAGAAGAAGCCAGCAGGUACCCAAACUCAGGGAGGUCUCUUUCCUAUCACUGUCUUGAAAAGAAAAAGUGUGGCUUGGACUGAGGAGUACCAUAAGCUGCAACAAUCCUGGACCUACAGCUUGCAUAGCAAUUCUGAACCUCAGUCCACUCUGCUGGGAGUCUGCCAUGAAGCUUCUUACCUGUGCUGUGUAAACAAAAGACUUCAAGCUUUUCUGGACCUUUUUUCCAAGCCUUUCUCCCCAUGUCUUUCCCUCUCUGCCACACACAGUGGUGCACAGGCCUGUGCUGCUGCACUCUGCCUUGCCUCACCACAACACCUCCUACUCUGUCAGAGAGAUGACUUUCCUUCUCCAGUUCUUUCCUUCUCCAGUUCUCCAGG